AUAUUUGAUACAUUCCUACGAGAGGCAAAGGACUCUAACACUGCUACUCUUACUCUUCCUGUUAUUUGUAUUUUUCAGAGCAAAGAGUAAACCUUACGUAUCGGUUUUCAAUUAUUGCUUGGAGUCGAAAGUUAGUGAGCUACCAAAAUGACUCCAAGUUUAUUUCGAAAGGUGUUCGCAUUCUCGAUGGUGUUACUGGUUUACUGUGGCAAUGGUUCUACGGUUUCAAUUAAUCUAACAACCUUGAUGUCAUCAUCUCUCAUCCAAACUGGUACUCUCUCAACAUUUUCUAACCUUGACCCACGAUCUGUUUCUUCUACCACAACUCCAUCGGGAACAUCAUCCAUAGAUUCAAUGCUUACGUCAAUUUCAACAAGAUCAUCAAAUUUAAUGUCAUCUUCAAUUUCAACGACAUUAAAAGUUUCAACGUCAUCUUCAAUUUCAACGUCAUUAAAAGUUUCAACGUCAUCUUCAAUUUCAACGUCAUCUUCAAUUUCAACGUCAUCUUCUUAUUCGAUGACACCAGCAAUGUCAACGACACCCAGUUCAGGUCAGACAGUGUCGUCCUUUAGAGAUUCUUUUCCCAGGAUAUCUCAACGAUCUCAUGAUAAAGAAGAGAUUGAAUAUGAAGGUUAUGAUGGAUGGUACAACAAUAUGGCACAUCCUGAGUGGGGAGCUAUUGACAUGCCGCUGACUCGACGAGUGCCGUCUCACUAUAAAGAUGGUGUGUACGAACCCUCGGGCUCUGAACGACCAAAUCCGUUGUCGCUAAGUCAAGGUUUGAUGAACGGAAGUUUUGGUACACCAUCUUCACAAAGAAAAAGUGCUUUGUUGGUUUUUUUUGGACAACAAGUUGUGGAGGAGAUUUUAGAUGCGCAAAGACCUGGAUGUCCUCCAGAAUAUUUUAAUAUCGAAAUUCCUGACGACUACACACUCUAUAACAACCUUGGUCUGACUAAGAAGAUUAUCCCGUUUCUACGUUCACGAUAUCACAUGACCACUGGUUAUUCACCAAAUAACCCGAGACAACAGUUGAACGAAAUCACUCCAUGGUUAGAUGGUGGUUUGAUGUACGGUGUUGCCAAGGCUUGGGCAGACGCUUUAAGAUCAUUUCAAGAUGGAAAACUUGCUCAUAGCAAAUACGGUACACAAUGGCCACAUGAAAACGAAAUUGGUUUACCCAUGGCGAACCCACCUCCUCCAGCCAAUCAUAAGUUGAAAGACGCCAAACGAUUUUUCAAGUUGGGCAAUCCAAGAGGCAACGAAAAUCCAUUUCUCUUGACGUUUGGCAUCUUGUGGUAUCGAUUUCAUAAUAUCAUGGCAGAAAGAAUAAAGAACAAUACAGAUAUAACUAAUGAUGAAAGAUUGUUUAAUGAAGCGAGGAAAUGGGUGAUAGCUGUACAUCAGAAAAUCGUGUUUUAUGAUUGGUUGCCCAGGUUUCUUGGUCAAGAUCCAAAGCAAUUUAGAGAGAAGGAUACUUACAGAUACAAACCAUCUGUUCAUCCAGGUGUUGCACAUAUAUUUCAGUCAGCUGCUAUGAGAUUUGGUCACACAAUGGUCACGCCUGGUGUUUUAAGAAGAUUAAAGGAUUGCACAAUACCCAAAACUACAUCAGAUUCUAGCGACACGGGAGACACUGCUUUUAACAAAACUGGAAUUAGAACAUGUAACUCUUAUUGGAAUCCACAAGUACCGAUCAUGGAAAAAAAUGGAGAUGAUUACAUUGAUAUCGAGGGAUUUUUACGGGGAAUGGCUUCACAAAAUGCCGAAAGAGAGGAUAAUAUUAUUACGGAAGAUUUGAGAGGUUUUGUAUUUGGUGGCCUUGAUUUCUCUCGUCGGGAUUUAAUGGCUGUAAAUAUUCAACGGGGUCGAGAUCAUGGACUUCCUGAUUAUAACACAGCGCGUGAAGCCUAUGGAUUACCUAAGAAAAACUCGUUUCUUGAAAUCAAAGCGAAUAAUUCACAUAUUAGCGAUGCGGUGUUUGAUAACUUAGAAAAGUUAACUGAAGGAAAAAUGGAAAAUAUCGAUGUAUGGGUUGGAGGUUUGCUGGAAACAACGACAGAAGGACCUGGUGAAUUGUUCUCGACAAUCAUCGAAGAUCAGUUUAGGCGUAUCAGAGAUGGUGAUAGAUUCUGGUUUGAAAAUGAAUACAACAAUCUUUUUACGAAAGAGGAAAUUGCACAAAUAAAUAACAUCACGUUGUUUGAUGUAAUUUUGAUGUCGACGAGCCUAACUGCUGAUGAAAUACAAGAAGAUCCAUUCUUUACGAGCGAGUCAAAAUGUCCUGCACAUACCAUUGGACCAGAUGAUGUUGAAGAUUGCACUCCACCAAAGACAUUUGAUUACUUUGAGGAUAGUGAAGUGUCAUAUCUAUUAACAUUCGUGUUUAUUGGAUUGUUUGUUAUUGGCGUUGCAGUUGUUAUGUUUUGUUUGGCAAGAAGUCGUCAGGCGAUGCUUGCAGAGACGCGAAGAUUGCAUCGUACAAAAACGCAACGGAGCAGCAAAUCUGCGGACAACGAAUUUAUUGCGGCCGAAUGGAGGCGAAAUCUCCCAGAGAGAACUGUAAAAGUGAAACUUGGUCCUGCAAAGACAAUUCGUGUCUCAUCAGAUCGUGGACAGUUGCUCCGCACUAUAGAUCUCAAGGGAAUGGAGUGGAUUAUUGUGUUUUUACAGAGUGAUCGCGAACGAACAUUACUCUCUGUUAGGAUGGACCGAGAAUAUGAUAUGAUAUUAAAGUUUGACUCUGAGCCUCAAAGAAAGGAGUUUUUGGAAACUUUUGAAACUUUCCUGAAUAAACACGAUAUCAAAUGUAACAGAAAUGAAAUGAGAACUCAGAUGUUGAUAUCGUCUGCACACACAAAAGAAGAUCGUCAAAAAAGACUUGAAAAAUUCUUCCGCGUAGCAUUUGCCCACGCUUUUGAUAUUGAAUAUCACGAUCAAGGAUUUGAUGAAAGAAUGGGAGAGGCCAAGGAGGUUUUGUCGUGUGAACUUUCUCGAGCAGAGUUUGCCGAAGCACUUUCUUUAAAAGCUAAUUCACUGUUUGUUGAGCAAAUGUUUGAUCUCGUUGAUAAAGACCGCAAUGGCUAUUUAUCCUUCCGAGAGUUUCUUGACGUCAUUGUUAUUUUUGCUAAAGGAACUCCUGAUGAGAAACUACGAUUGUUCUUCGAUAUGUACGAUGUAUCGGGUAACCAGGCUUUAGGACGUGACGAGUUCAAAGGAAUGAUUAAGUCUUUCAUGGAACUUGUUAAUGCUGAUGUUGAGUCAGACCAACUUGAUACCCUCACUGAUUCCAUGUAUGCUCAAGCUGGUUUUGGUGAUAAGGAAGAAUUAACGUUUGACGAUUUUCGGGCUGUUAUGGCUGAGUACAAGGAUAGUUUAGAAGACGCUCGACUCGAUUUCACAGGAACUGGAGUUGAUGUACCAGCACCUGGCAAAGAAAAGAAAAGAGAAAACGCUCCAACUCGUGCAAGGAAAACCGUCAUUAAACAUUUGAAGGGAAGCGAGGAUCGAACUCCUACAAGAAACCCAACAAGAAUAAAAGUUACAACGAAACGAACAAAAGAGUCAAAUCAUGUCUUGUGGACAUGGAUUGCAAAAAAUGUUUCAAAUCACAUGUCGGCUAUUUUGAUUGUUGUCUUGUAUACUUUGGUGUUGUUUGCUAUCUUCGCAGAGAGAGCUUACUAUUAUUCUGUUGAACGAGAGCAUGGUGGUUUACGGCGUAUUGCUGGUUACGGCGUUACAGUGACCCGCGGUGCUGCAAGUGCAAUGAUGUUUACCUACUCUACCCUUCUUGUUACCAUGUGUCGUAAUCUUAUCACUUUUCUCCGAGAAACAUUUGUUGGUCAUUAUAUUCCGUUUGAUUCUAACGUGUUGUUUCAUAAAUACAUCGCUCUUUGGGCUUUAAUUUUUACUGUUGCUCAUUGUGUUGGACAUGCAAUAAACUUUUAUCAUGUUGCUACUCAGCCGCCAUUUGAUCUCACUUGUUUGUUCAGAAACUAUUUUCGCAGAACACACGAACUUGCUUCUUUCCAUUAUUGGUGCUGGGAGACAAUCACAGGUUUAACAGGCGUGCUCUUACUACUUGUCGUUGCUGUUAUGUAUAUUUUUGCUACUCAAUAUUCACGACGUCAUGUAUUUAACUCAUUUUGGCUAACUCAUCAAUUGUAUGUUAUCCUAUAUCUUCUUAUGGUGCUUCACGGCAGCGGUAAUCUUGUACAGCGGCCUUUCUUUCACUACUUUUUCCUCGGACCUGGAAUAUUAUUUGCUCUUGAUAAGCUCGUCAGUAUGUCACGUAAGAAAGCCAACAUCGCUGUCAUUAAAGCAGAACUUUUACCGUCAGACAUCACGCAUUUGGAGUUCAAACGGCCACCAAAUUUCGAAUAUAUAGCUGGUCAAUGGUGUCGUAUUGCUUGUGUGAGCUUGGGAGGUGGAGAAUAUCAUCCAUUUACACUUACCUCUGCACCACAUGAAGAUAAUCUUAGUCUUCACAUUAGAGCGGUUGGCCCCUGGACUAUUAACCUUCGUCAGACUUACGAUCCUGUAAAUUUACAAUCGAAACCUUAUCCACAGCUAUACCUAGAUGGUCCGUUUGGUGAAGGUCAUCAAGAUUGGUAUCGUUAUGAAGUAUCUGUAUUGGUUGGUGGUGGUAUUGGUGUCACACCUUUUGCCUCCAUUUUGAAAGAUAUUGCCCACAAGGGAACGGUUAAAUCAGCAUUUGCCUGCAAAAAGGUUUAUUUUAUUUGGGUGACACGUACCCAGAAACAUUUCGAAUGGCUUACAGAUAUCAUCCGUGAGGUGGAAGAGAACGAUAAAAAUGAUCUCGUUAGCGUUCAUAUUUUUGUGACACAAUUUUAUCACAAAUUUGAUUUAAGAACCACAAUGUUGUAUAUUUGUGAACGACAUUUCCAAAAGAUUUCUGGGAAAUCCUUAUUCACUGGACUACGAUCCAUCACUCAUUUUGGACGACCUGAUUUUCCUUCUUUCCUUGAGUCUCUAUCUACAAUUCACUCAAAGGCGUCGAAAAUUGGUGUCUUCAGUUGUGGCCCUCCAACAAUGACACGAAGCGUUGAAAGCGCAUGCGCUGAUCUCAACAAGACCGAAGGAGCUGCGUUCAUUCAUCACUUUGAAAACUUUUAAAAAAAACAUAUAAACCUUAAUAAAUGGGUUUUUGUGGUGAUAUUUUCCCGACUUUUUGCUUUCUAUUUUCCAAAUAAUUUAGGCAUUUUCCUAUUACUUUUGUAAGUUAAAUAUCUUUUUGUAGUAGACUUAAAAAACGUAGUGUGACUUAUCCAGUUUUGUACUUUUGGCAAAACUGCGAAUUUUAUAUAUAGUUAAAAGAAUUGUUAAAAACCAUAAAAGCAUCAUGCGAGUGCGUUAUAAAUAAUAGUUCUAGACCUAUAUAAUGUUUGUAUUAAAGUAUAUACAUUAAAAUUUCCAAACUUUUCUCGAUAA